GAAGAAUUGAAGGUUCAUGCAUGGGAGCGGCAGUGAGUUAAAGAAAGAAAGAAAGCCUCUUGGAAAAGCUUCAGUUUCCACACUGUUGUUAAUGCUGCAGAGAGAGCAUUCAUCUGUCAUUUAGAGUCACCCAAUUGUGCUGGCGCAACCACAUCUGCAAAGUUGGAGGCUUUAACAAAAAGGGGCAAAGCAGGCACUGAGCUGUGAGAAUCGUCUCCCCGCCAGAGGAAAUGGCAGAAGACAAAGAGAGAGAAUUCAUAGCUCCAGAUCUCCAGUUCCACGUAAAACUGGAACAAGGGGUGAAAAUGGAGAGGAAAGACCGAGGAGACCCCAAACUUGAGAUGGGAUCUGGAAAAGCCUUGCUUGGGGCUGCCCGGGCGGGACCCAUGGGGUGCGAGGGGCUGCUGCAGCUUUGGGAAACCCAGUGGCAGUCAUUUCUCAAGGCGAUGGAGUCGCCUCACUCUGGGACGGGGAUCCCACUUCUGCCAGAAGCUGCAUCCUGGGGGGGUGCAAAGCCUUUUCUGGCUCCCUACGAGGGAGACACUGUGGCCAGCCAGCUGUCUAGCAAAGGGUCUCUGAUGAGUCUCCAAGAAGCAGCCCAGCAGGGACAGGGGAAGGACAGCCUGAAAAGGAAGCGGCGCUGUGAGCAACUAAACGGAGACAGAGAGAGGGAGGAUGUGGAGGCACAGCGCCAGUGUUUUAGACAGUUCUGCUACUGUGAAGCUGAAGGUCCCCGAAUGGUUUUCAGCCAGCUAUGGGAACUUGGCUAUCAAUGGCUGAGGCCAGAGAGGCACACAAAAGAGGAGAUUCUGGAGCUGGUGAUUCUGGAGCAGUUCCUAGCCAUCUUGCCACAGCGAAUCCAGAACUGGGUGAAAGGGCAGGGCCCCCAGAGCUGUGCCCAAGCAGUGGCCCUGGCAGAGGGUUUCCUGUUGACGCAGAGGGAAGCCAGGAGAUGCGAACCUGCUGAGACUGAUUUGUUCCAGGAGGCGGUAGUGAAUUUCCCUUGUGAAGAAGGGGCUGCUCCGGGCAAUGCACAGAGGCAGACAUGGAGUGUGGUGAAACAAGAGAACGAAGGAAAUCUCACCUUGAUGGAUAAGAGAUUCCUGAGGAAGGAGGAAGCUGACAGUCAGGAACAUUCUGAGCAAGAUGGACCACAUGGGGUGUCAGAGGAAAGAGCCACAGAGAAUGGCAUCAAGUCUUAUAAGCAGUCUGUGGGUCUACAUAGUAUGUGGAUGCAACAGGGGACCUGCCCAGAGAAAAGAACAGAUAAAUCCAUUACUAGUAGGGGGAGCUAUCAAGGUUUGAAUGAAAUGACAUCAGAAAAAAUGACCUCAGGUGAAUACAAUCAGAGAUCAAACUUCAUGACACAUGAGAGAACCAGCAUUAGUGCGAAACCAUACCAGUGCUCGGACUGUGGAAAGUCUUUUCGUAUGAAGGAUAAACUGAUAAGACAUCAAAAAACCCACACAGGAGAGAAACCGUACAAGUGUUUAGAUUGUGGUAAAUAUUUUAGUACCAAGUAUGGGGUCUUCAGGCAUUAUCAAAUCCACAAGGGUGAGAAACCAUAUGAAUGCUUGUACUGCGGGAAGUUUUUCCGGAUGAACUAUGACCUCGUUAGGCAUCACAGGAUCCACACAGGGGAGAAACCAUUCAAAUGCUCAGAGUGUGGGAAAUCCUUCAGCAUGAACUCUGACCUCGUUCGGCAUCAGCGAAUCCACACGGGGGAGAAACCGUUUGAAUGCUCAGACUGCGGGAAGACCUUCAGUGCAAAAGGCAGCCUUGCUGCCCAUGUCAGGAUCCACAGGGGGCUUAAACCAUACACAUCUGAUACAGAAGGACCUGUUUUCCAGACCAGUCUCCAGGCAGCAUCUUGACUUCUCUGAUACAGCUAACCUUCCUUACCAACUGGGACCACGAAGAGCAGGGAAGAGUGGCUACCUGAGAGCAGAGCCCUCUGGAUUCCCAGCGGAGCAAAGUUCCUCGAUUCCAUUGUGUGAACCAUCCCAGAAAUGCACUGCGCUCGCAUGGCAUACUGUCUUUAUUGGGGGGAGAGGCAAGUCUCCCCAUUGGCACCCAGACUUUGUUGCACUAUAAUGUAGACUUUCAAGAGCAGUGAUUGACUUUUCCCUUUGGACAGUAAAUCUCAGCAAUUUGUAUGGAACUGGUAUGGCACAGAGCUUAGAGUGUCAGACUAGGGUGGGGGAUGUGUAGAUUCAAAUACUCACUCUGUUAUAAAGCCCAUGGAAUGAACAGAGAGCCAGCAGGGUGUAGUAGUUAGAAUGUCAGAGUAGGAUCUAGGAGAACUAGGUUCGAAUCCUUGCUCUGCCAUGGAAGCUUGCUGGGUGACCUUAAGCCAGUCACACACAAACAGCCUAACCUACCUCACAGAGUUGCUGGAAGGGUAAAACGGAGGAGGGGAAUUAUGUAAGCCCCCUUGGGUCCCCACUGAGAAGAAAAAGUGAGGGGUAUAAAUACAGUAAAUAAAAUAAAACUUAGGCUGGUCACUCACUCUCAGGUUAUCCUACCAUGCAAGUCAAGGCUAAAAAAGAGCAAAGGAGAAUGCCAUUUUGAGGAAGGAUGGGGGGAAAUGUGAUAGGUUUGGAAAGUACAGGGGUCCGUUGAACAUACACACAUGAAUACUGAGGUUUGCCAGCUCCGGCCUUGGAAAUCCCUGGAGAUUUGGUGGCGGUGCCUGUGGAGUGGGGGGAGGGUUAGGAAGGGAUUUCAUCUAGAGGCAAUGGCACACAGUAGAGUCUGCCUUCUGAAACAGGGAACUGAUCUCUGUAUCCUGAAGAUCAGUUGUAAUUUUGGGAAAUCUCCAGGCUCUACAUGAACAUAUAUUAAGCUGCCUUAUACUGAAUAAGACUCUUGCUCCUCAGGCAGACAGCAGCUCUCCAGGGUCUUAGGAAGAGGUUUUUCACAUCAGCUACCAACUGAUUUUUUAAAAACUGGAAAUGCCAGAGAUUGAACAUGAGGCCUUGUGCGUGCAAAGCAGGUACUCUACUUCUGAGCCAUAGCCACUGUCCUAUAUUUAUUGAAUGCUUAGGCUUAACAUACUUCCUUUUGCUAGUCAUCUUUCCCCCAUUUCCCUCUCAGUUGUUUGACAGGGCCCUCUGCAGCACUGUCAAACCUGAGCAUGACAUGUUGUAUACGUGCGUUCUCUUCAGUGGCCCCACCCAGUAGAACAGCCCACCUGAG